CGUAAACGCGAGCAGCUGUUUAUGUAGGUUUCUCAUGUUGUUGGUUUGGGGAGACCUAACACAUCUUUCAAGAAUCGGAGUACCUGGUCCUUUGGAAUUUAAAAGCUUUAUUUGCAGGAGUUCAGCAUUAAUUCGGCAAUGCAGGCACUAACAGCUACUCGGUCAUUUUUUCUUCAGUACCCUAAAACUAUUACAGUGGUCACACUGACAGGUGUGGGACUUAUCGGAUUGAAGAAAUGGAUGGCAGGUGGCGUGUGCAACAGCAAAGCUCGGUUAGAUGGAAAAACCGUAUUGAUCACUGGAGCCAACACUGGGAUCGGCAAAGAAACCGCUGUUGACCUGGCUAAAAGAGGUGCACGGGUAAUUUUGGCCUGCAGAGACAUGGACAGAGCCAACAAAGCUGCACAAGAUGUGAGAAAGAGAAGCGGAAAUAAUAAUGUGAUUGUCAAAAAGUUGGACCUGGCGUCCCUAGAGUCAGUGCGGCAUUUUGCCAAAGACGUCCUAGCAAGUGAAGAGCGACUGGAUGUGCUCAUUAAUAAUGCAGGCGUAAUGAGCUGCCCACAAUGGAAGACUGAAGAUGGCUUUGAGAUGCAGUUUGGUGUGAACCACCUGGGCCACUUCCUGCUAACAAACUCUCUACUGGAACUGAUAAAAAAGUCAGCCCCGAGCCGGGUUGUCAAUGUCUCAAGUUUAGCACAUGAAAGAGGUCAGAUUUAUUUUGAUGACAUUAAUCAGGAAAAAGAUUACCAGCCAAGGAGAAGCUAUGCUCAAAGCAAACUAGCCAAUGUCCUCUUUACAAAGGAGCUUGCCAAGAGGUUGCAAGGCACUGGAGUCACAACGUAUAGCCUCCACCCUGGAAUCAUCAGGACUGAACUUGGCCGUCACUUCUGGCCCUCAAUGGCCCUGUGGAAAAGAGUUGUGUUCACACCUCUGUCUUACCUCAUCAAGUCCCCGGCAGAGGGUGCACAGACCACCAUCUACUGUGCUGUGGAGGAAAACCUGCAGAAUGAGAGUGGACUCUACUACAGCGACUGCGCCCCUAAAACUGCCGCCCCUCAGGCACUGGAUGAUGAAGCAGCCAAAAAGCUGUGGGAUCUGAGUGCCUCCAUGGUGGGUCUGACACAAUCGCAGUGACAUCGAUGGUAACGGCGAUGAGGACUGCUGUCAUCACAGUACCAAAUUACCAACAUUCUGCCUCAGGAUGCACCGAUGAGCAUCUGUGUGGAUAUUAGCAGUUGAGCACCAGCUGAUGUGAGAGAUGAGUUAACAAGCAAAACACAGGAAUUUCUCAAGUGAUAGACAUUUAUUUAGAAUGUACAACAAACUAUCUGCAAAAAUACUAUGGAUUUAAGUAUGUUUUUAUUUCUGAAACAGAUCACUGCUUCACAGUCUAGUUACAUGGAAGCUGUACGAUCUUUAGAUUGCCAUUUUAAAUGACAUUUUAAUUGACAAAGUACACCAAUGUCUGUUGGCUGAGGGGCUUACAUGCCAUUUAAUGGUCCUUAUAAUAAACAUAGGAGUUAUAGCUUAAUUGACAAGCUUUUCUAACACUGUUAAUGGCAACAUUUUCAGUUUUGUCCUCCUCUCCAUUAAAGUGCUGUUAAACAUCAUAGGCCGUUGUUUUACCUGUUAUUAAGGCAGUGAUUCAGAUGGUGUAUAUUAUUCCUAAGGAGACUGUUUUUUUUAAAUAGUGAGACCUGUGGUGUUAUAAUAAAACAUGUCAAUUACAUCAACAUUAAUUAACAUGGUCUUAAUACAACAAAUGUAUAUGCGUGUCCUUUUUUUGUGUGUCUUUAUCUUGAAGGCACUUUGUACAGAAUUGCUACAAACAGUCAGAUUUCAUCUCACUCAAAGCUACAUCUCAGACAAGUGCAUCAAUCUCUUGUUUUUUUUCUGGUGAAAGUCCAUUACGGGCGUAAAUUACACAUGCACAAAGUGCACCCAAGUGGCCUGCUGGCUAAAAAUGAACCCUGUAUGUCUCCUAUAUUUUAUAUGAUAAUGUAAGAGCUAGUUAAGAGGAAAAGUACUUUGUCUUGGCAUUUACAUUCAAACAGGUAAAACAUAUAUAACAGACAUUUUGGAUUCAAAAGAUGACAAUCCUAACGGUUAGAUGACACAGGGAAGAAAACUAUCUAUAUUGCUCAGUUUUUAUAAAUG